GGAUGCGGAAGAAUAGACCAAUAAUUAUCAUGUUAAGUCCAAUGGUGUCCUUGGACUUUAAAUGGACAUUUCCUAUUGGUCGAUAUCUGUUCACUUGUUGAAUAUUGUACAAAAUGUUGUUUUCUAUUUUUAUGGUACGAUGUGGUAUGCUUGAUUGGUAUAUAAACAAAGUAUGUUUGAAAUAUAAUGAUUCAUAUCUCAGAGGUUGUGACUUGUGUUCUGGACUCAACUAACUGGGGUAGACAGGGAAGUGGGACCAAUCGAGACUCUAGGCCGUCCGUACGUGUUUAUCUGUCACUGUGAUCGAUCGAUAACACAGGGUAAAAAUUCGACCGCAACAUAAAGUCAUAACAAUUGGCGACGGGGUGUAGAAAAAUUUUGAACCUUGUAAUUGGACGAGAUUCAGGCUAAUUGUUUCGACCAAUCAGAGUCCAGAUUUAUCAUCAGCGUCCUUGAGCAACAUUUGUCAUUAUUCCUACAGUUAAUUUUCAUUGCUGGUGCAGAAAAGAGAAAAAUGACUACCUUUUCCGAUCAAUUACAGCUUCUACUUGAGCAACAACAGCAGUGUUUCAAAACUAGCCAGUUAAAUUUCUUAGAAAAUUUACGCACACUGUUGGUAAAUCUUCCAUGUUUCGGAGAUGCAACAGAAGUUGGUGAGUUCAUUUCUCAUCUGCAGACUGAGCUGGAAAACAACUGCAGAACAUAUGAAGCUGUUUAUAAAAGCCUCUGUGAAUCCCGGACGACCAGUGAUGUAAACGAGACAGUUAUUCAUGAUCCGCCCAGUUGUCCAGAAAUGUCAAAUUCGGAAACAUUCCCUGUCGUGGGUUCAAAUCCCACUGUUCCUGAAACGUGUACAGACAGUGAUGUACCCAGCUCACAGGAAGAUCUCUCAUUAAAUGCUCAUAAAUUAAUUGCAGUACCCGCCCACAACGGAACAGGGGACAAAUCGUGCAGUAUACUGAGUCUAGCUGCUCAAAACGGUCCUCAUCAGCCAACAACAGGAGAUUCUGUUGAAUCUUAUCAUCUAGAUCCUCUUGUACCAGAAAAUGUGUUAGAUACACCAAAUGAUGAUCAGAAGAUUAAUACAAUUUUGAUAGAUGUUAAUUAUCCCAGUGAUCAACUAUCCACAAAUGAGAUUUUCAAGGAAUUCUAUGAUAAUGUUCCAGAAAAAUCGAACGUUGGUGACCUCAUAUCAAGCGACGUUGGUCCACACUACUUAAUCACUUUCAGUGACUUCUCUGUUCCAUGUGACAAUUAUGUGUUAAAUAAAGUCAAAUUAAUUUUAAUUUGGGGAUAUGAGGAUCCAACAUUAUUUCGUGGGGGAGGAUGGACCCAGAAAAUUUCAAAAUCCGGAUAUCAACUCCGGAUCUUCAAAAAAAAGGGGAGGUAUUGUGGAUGCGGAGGAAUAGACCAAUAAUUAUCAUGUUAAGUCCAAUAGUGUCCUUGGACUUUAAACGGACAUUUCCUAUUGGUCGAUAUCUGUUCACUUGUUGAAUAUUGUACAAAAUGUUGUUUUCUAUUUUUAUGGUACGAUGUGGUAUGCUUGAUUGGUAUAUAAACAAAGUAUAAUAUAAUGAUUCAUAUCUCCGAGGCUGUGGCUUGUGUUCUGGACUCAACUGGCUGGGCUGGACAGGGAAGCAGGACCAAUCAGAACUGUAGGCCGUUCGUUCGUGUUUACGUGUCACUGUAACCGAUCGAUAAGUACACUGCUCUCUAAUCUCUUCAGUCAAGGACACAACAAUUAGCACAGGGUAAAAGUCGAUAGCAACUUAAAGUCAUAACAGUUAGACAUUAACACCGUUGGAUGCCGGCCGGCUCAUUGGUGUAGAGGUUAAACGUUCGCGCACGAGAUUGAAACGUCCUGUGUUCGAAUAUCGCACGGCAGGAUCGUGGAUGCGCACUGCUGAGGAGUCCCAUACUAAUACAAAACGACCAUCCAAUGCUUCUAGGUUUUCCAUGAUUGUCUAGCUUCAAUUAACUGAUGAAUUCAACUUCUAAAUUAAUAAUUACAUUCUAUGCAUGAAUAUCAUACAAAUCUACGUAGACUUAUACAUAAUGAAUAAUUACUUCGAUGCAAAAAACAAAAGAGUUUAAUAUAGAAAACUGGAAAACGUAAUGUAACUGUAUACCAUUACAUGUAAUUUAUAUUUUGUCAUGGUGUUUCUUUGUUCAUUUGUUUGUUUGUUUGUUUUUCUGACUUAUGUCUACGUUCUUGUGAAUAUUUUUUUCCUAUACUUCAUUUGUUUUACAUACAAAAGUUCAUAAAAACCGAGUGUAUAUUUAUAAGCAAAGAUGCAUAGUGGCUAGCAGUGGAAUCCAGGACGCGCGUUUCGUCCUGUUUGGGACUCGUCAGCUGGAUGUACCUGCAUCUCAGGUUUGAUGUUCACUCUGGGACUCGAACUCAGUACCGCUCGCUUAGUAUGCACGUAUGUCAAUAAGAGACUGAUCAAUUUCAGUCCUAAAACAUCAAUGGGAAGAUUCAAGUAAAACAACACCAAGUGAAUCGAGUGUAUAUUUUCCUAAAUUGAAGUAUAAUAAUUGUAAUGAUGAUAAGAAUGGUAUAAUGAUUUCUUACUAAUUAUUCUUAUCACGCAACAUUAUCUUAUGAUGACUGUGUUAUGUCAUUACAAAGAAUAGAUGACUUGUAACUGUUAGGAAUUAUUUGUGGAUAAUUAUUAAGUAACUAAACUAAAUAUAUAUAUGCAUAUUUGUAUUCCUUUCAUUCAAUCUAUUAUUUUUUCUGGUUAGUGUGUUAUUUGGGGGGAGUCAGUUUUCUACGGGAUGGGGUCGCUAACUCCAUGCUCAAUCCUCCGGAUUUGGGACCGGCAGUAGCCCCAGAGGGACUUCAGGCGAAGUUAUUUGAUUUGUUGGCCAUUGCGAUAUAAAUUACCAUUCUUAAAUUAUUCUCAAUCUACUGGUUACAGUCUCUUACGCUCACAGUCCCUUAGACUGAACUUGCAUAAUUGUAUUUUCUAUUUUAUGAUUUGAUACGGUCUAGUUUGCUUAAAUAUAAACUGUGUACGUCUGAAAUACAUGAUUCAUACAGUGGAAGAUGAGAUUUCGUUCUUGACUCAACAGGUAGAGCAAGGGAAAAAGAACCGAUAAAGA